CGACGGAAACGCGUUCGCUAGUACGGCCGUACGACUUCUGAACACCCGCUUCACUGCGCUGAGCUACUGCGAUGGCCACAGCAAGACGUUUCCCAGUGCCCGAACAUGUGAUGUGGACAAACUGUUUAGAAAACUUGCCGCAUAUAUCGAACGACACUGUAGCGGACCUAAUAAACCAGGCGCCGACGUCAUCCAAGCAGCAAACAAAAUCUUAUGCCUUCGCCGUGGAAGCGUACACCUUGCCGUCGUCGGUUGUGACCAACGCCUGUGACACAAGUCUCGGGAUUGUCUAUGCACGUGCCACGUGCUACCGAAGCCAGAAGAAGAGUGGGCAGCCGUACAAAGUCAGCUUGGCUUUGAAAAGCGACAGUGGAGCAGUGGCAGAUUCCACUUGUGAGUGCCCCGCUGGGGCUGGUGGUGCCUGCAGCCACAUUCUUGCGGCUCUGCGCCUAAUUGUUCUGCUGAAGCAGAAGGGCUUCAAAGAGGCACCACCAGAGCUUUCAUGCACCGAGUUGCCGCAGCUGGAGGCGCCCCGACGACAAGGCAUCAGGCCUAUGGCCGUGCAGAACGUGGACUGGCGGAGUCCACGUGAGGGUGGCAUGGGCAUGCCAAUGCCCGUGCAACUUUUUGAUGCGCGGGCUGAGGAGCAAAAGGAGCAGCAACACCUUGAAGCGAUCCAUAGCCUGGAAGAGGACCUCCAGAGCCUCGGGACCUUCGACUUUGCUGCCAUUCUCCUUGCUGCUGGGGGGCCGUCAGUGGACACAAAGCUUGGGCCUGCGCCUGCGGGGUCUGCACUGUCGUACCAGCAGGCAAAACUCCCUGCAGGCUUCACUACGUGGAUGUCACCCAGCAUUUCGCAAGGGGCAGCCACCGUGACACCAGUGCCAGCUUUGACUCUGUUUAGUGACGGAGCCUCACAGCCACCCUUGCCCGGCAGAUUCACGGCUGAAGGAUGGAGGAUGUUGACUGUAAGUGCAGUAUAG